AGGAAGGGACAAGGAGGGAAGAAGAAACAUCUGGAUGGUCUCCACAAGGACGGCCACCUGGUUACCGCCCCUCCAAAGAUGGCCUCCAACUUCAAUGACGUCGUCAAGCAGGGCUACGUACGCAUGCGCAGCCGCAAGCUGGGGAUCUAUCGGCGUUGCUGGCUGGUUUUUAAGAAGUCUUCCAGUAAAGGACCUCGUCGUCUGGAGAAGUAUCCUGAUGAGAAGUCAGCCUACAUCAGAGCCAGCCCUAAGGUGACAGAGAUUAGCAACGUCAAGAAUGUCACACGGUUGCCAAGAGAUACCAAGAGACAGGCAGUGGCCAUUGUCUUCACGGAUGACACCUCCCGCACCUUCACCUGUGAAUCAGAGCUGGAGGCGGAGGACUGGUUCAAGACUCUGUCCAUCGAGUGUCUGGGCACACGGCUCAACGACAUCAGUAUGGGAGAGCCUGACCUCCUGGCAGCUGGAGUGCAGUGUGAACAUACAGAGCGCUUCAAUGUGUUCCUUCUGCCCUGUCCCAACCUGGACAUCUAUGGGGAGUGUAUGAUGCAGAUCACCCAUGAGAACAUUUACCUGUGGGACAUUCACAACCCUCGCACCAAGCUCGUCACAUGGCCUCUCUGCUCCCUGCGGCGCUACGGACGAGAUGCCACCCGGUUCACCUUUGAGGCUGGACGGAUGUGUGACAGCGGCGAAGGCCUCUACACCUUCCAGACCAGAGAGGGAGAGCAGAUCUACCAGAGAGUUCACUCUUCUACUCUGGCCAUAGCAGAGCAGCACAAGAAAGUCCUUCUGGAGAUGGAGAAGAGCAGCAGGUUGAUGUCUUUAGGUUCAGAGUCUGGCUCUUACCCCUGCACCCCCACUGCCAUCCUCCCCCGAUCCGCCUACUGGCAUCACAUCACUGGAAACCAGAGCGGCAUGGAGUCUGGCAGCGGUAAUUUGUCUGAAGAAGACCUUUUGUCCACCCGCCUCCCUCCAGACCGCCAUUCCACACUGCCCCUGACAAACACACUAACGCGGUCCCAGCCGCACAUACACACACACUCUCCAGCACACUACCCCACCUUCCCGGGACAGUGACGUACACAUUCACAGAAGAAGAAGAUGUGGAUGCUGACAAAAAAAGAGACACGAAGCCACAUGCAUGCAGGCGCACAGUUCACAUUCCCCUGUCUUAUGAGUUUUACAGCCUCACAGGAGAAGUGGUGGGCGUGGCUAACACCGGCCAACGCACUGUCCUGGAUCAGAGCGGGACGCAAACCACACCUCUGUGGAUCUGGAUUAUAAUGACGGCAGUCAGAGGAAAUCUGAUGUGUUUGCACACUGGAGGCAGAAGUUUUCCACUUUAGAUGAAAGACUCGGUCUUCCUCCUGGUAUCAUCAUCAGAGGGAGACAGAAAAUGCCACAUUUCAAACAACUCGUGUUUUUAUUCAGUAUCA